AUGGCAUCUAUGGACGAAGCAGGAAAGGAUACGGGCCUUAACUGUGCGCCGAACCCUUCGAACGAUCCUACCACGCGAUCAGAGACCGAACGACUUUCACAUGACAAGUCCAUUCAGACCUCAGCUCCCGCUUCACCGGAGAAUAUGCGCACGCUCGAAGAGGAACAGGGCGUGUUGACCCAGCAGGACCGGACCGUGGAAGACUCCGCUAUCAAUCCCGUCGUUGGAUCGAAAGAUACCGAGCCGCAGCCAUCACAACAGUCGCCUUCGUCCUCAGAACAGCAACAACAACAACAACAAGAACAGCCACAGCAAUCACAGCAGCCGUUACAACAGGAACAACGGGGAGAGUCUGAAACUGAAACGAAGCCAGAAACAAAACCGGAGGCUGCUGGUGAUGUUGAUCCAGCGUCACCGGAAAAUGCCUGUCAAUCGAGUAUUGGAGCAGCGGUAGACGGCCAGCCUUCCAGCUCUGCAUACCAAUCCCAAGUCGCCCCUAUUUCCGACAACGACGGACCUACUUUAUUGCUAAAUAUCCUCCUUACCUCCGGCGGCAAACACCCCUUUAAACUUGAUGGAAAAUACCUACGGAAGCGGGAGGUGAAUGUGACCGACAAUGACCCCUUUAACAUGACUGUAUAUACGUUAAAGGAAUUAAUAUGGAGAGAAUGGAGAUCAGACUGGAUAUCCCGCCCAUCCUCGCCCGCGGCUAUCCGUCUGAUAUCAUUUGGGAAGAUGUUGGAUGAUAAAGCACCCCUCUCCGACUGUAGAUUCAACCGGGAAGGCCCGAACGUUGUUCACAUGACCGUUAAGCCACAGGUGAUAAUCGACGAGGAGGAUUCGAAGGCUACAAAAAGCACCCAGAGCCGGGACCACGAGGAGAGCGAAAGAAGCCCUGGCUGCCGCUGUGUCAUUUUAUAG